CCUGUCACACUAGUUUCAGCUCACAUGAAGUGAAACUCACACACUCGCUGCUACUGAGAGGUGAAAUGGCGCAGAAAGGAGUUCAGCUGGACCGGGAAAUCUUCUCUUGUCCCAUCUGUCUGGAUCUACUGAAGGAUCCGGUGGCGACUCCCUGUGGACACAGCUACUGCAUGAAGUGUAUUAAAGGCUUCUGGGACGGAGAGGAUGAGAAGAAGAUCCACAGCUGCCCUCAGUGUAGGCAGAGCUUCACACCGAGGCCUGUCCUGCUGAAAAACACCAUGUUAGCAGCUUUAGUGGAGGAGCUGAAGAAGACUGGACCCCCACCUGCUCCUGCUGAUCUCUGCUCUGCUGGAGCUGAAGAUGUGGCCUGUGAUGUCUGCACUGGGAGGAAACUGAGAGCCUGUAAGUCCUGCCUCAUGUGUCUGGCCUCUUACUGUGACCAACACCUCCAGCCUCAUUAUGAAUUGCCUGUCUUUAAAAAACACAAGCUGGUGGAGCCCUCCAAGAAGCUCCAGGAGAACAUCUGCUCUCGUCACGACGAGGUGAUGAAGCUGUUCUGCCGCACUGAUCAGCAGUGUAUCUGUUCCCUCUGCUCUGUGGAGGAACACAAAGGCCACGACACAGUGUCAGCUGCAGCAGAGAGGACUGAGAGACAGAGAGAGCUGGAGGGGAGUCGACUAAACAUCCAGCAGAGAAUCCAGGACGGAGAGAAGGAGGUGAAGCUGCUUCAGCAGCAGGUGGAGGCCGUCAAUGGCUCUGCUGAUAAAGCAGUGGAGGACAGUGAGAAGACGUUCACUGAGCUGAUCCAUCUCAUGGAGAAAAGAAGCUCUGAUGUGAAGCAGCAGGUCAGAUCCCAGCAGAAGAGGGAAGUGAGUCGGGUCAAAGAGCUUCAGGAGAAGCUGGAGCAGGAGAUCUCUGAGCUGAAGAGGAGAGACGCUGAGCUGAAGCUGCUGUCUCACACAGAGGAUCACAACCAGUUUCUGCUCAGCUACCCCUCACUGUCAGCCCUCAGUGAACCUACACACUCAUCCAGCAUCAACAUCCGUCCUCUGAGCUACUUUGAGGACGUGACGGCGGCCCUGUCAGCAGUCAGAGACAAACUACAGGACGUCCUGAGAGAGGAAUGGACAAACGUCUCACAGACUGAAGUGGAUGUUUUACUGUCAGCAGCCGAGCCCACCACCAGAGCUGGGUUCUUACAAUAUUCACAGGAAGUCACUCUGGAUCCAAACACAGCAAAUACACAGCUGGUAUUAUCUGAGGGGAGCAGAAAAGCAACAUUCAUGCAACAACAACAGUCUUAUUCUCGUCACCCAGACAGAUUCACUAAUUAUUCUCAGGUCCUGAGUAGAGAGAGUCUGACUGGACGUUGUUACUGGGAGGUGGAGCGGAGAGGGAGAGGAGUUUAUGUAGCAGUCGCAUACAAGAAUAUCAGCAGAGCAGGGGAUGACUGUGUAUUUGGACACAAUGAUAAAUCUUGGUCCUUAGAUUGUAAACAAAACAGUUAUUCAUUUCGUUACAACAGAAUCAUCACUCCCGUCUCAGGUCCUCAGUCCUACAGAGUAGGAGUGUACCUGGAUCACAGAGCAGGUAUUCUGUCCUUCUACAGCGUCUCUGAAACCAUGACUCUCCUCCACAGAGUCCAGACCACAUUCACUCAGCCGAUACAUGCUGGAGUUUGGCUUUAUAAUUAUGGAGACACUGCUGAGUUUUGUAAACUCAAAUAGCCUGAAGUCAUUGGAGGAACUCUUCUACUUCUUAAAGUCACCGUGUGUCCAUCAGAGCUGAUUGUUCAUGUCUUCACUGUGCAGAGAUCAGCUGUCAAUCAAACAUUAUGGGAUGUGCUUCAACAUCUUCUCAUGAGUUGUUCUGUAGAUGUUGGACUUUCUUCCGGCUCCUUCCUGUGUCUGUGUAGCCAUGGAGGCUGUCACUGCUCAGGAGGAUCCUUGUUCACCUGAACUGAUAUGUAAACUUUGCUCUAAAUAUGUGUUGGAUAUUUCUUUUGAUUCAUGUUGUUGUUUCUCUUGUAAUGCACGAGUCUUCAGAGAGAAAGCAGCAGAGAUUCUUUUAUUGUACACAUUUUAUUCUGCCCACUUUCUAAAACAACAGAGACAUUUAUAAUCACAUGUAUUAUUUUGACAGAUGAAAUGUUAUUGUUGCCCAAAUUAACUAACAAAUGAGUUCCCCAGAUGGUUAUAACACUUAUUUCAUCAUAACAUCUUUAUUUAAAAUGAUAUUACUUACUGUCAUGAUCAUAAUCAAUAAGUACAUCAUUUAUUAUUCUCCUGUAAAUAGCUUAGAGACUUUGCUUGGGAAAUACAUUGUAUAAUAUUACAGUUAUUGUUUUGCAGACUAAUUGUUGUUGUUGUUGUUGUCAUCCAAAUAGAAAGUGGGUACUUUUUAUAGAACAUAACUUAUCAUGAUAAUAAUCAAUAAGGAAAUCAUGUAUGAUUCUGUUUUAAAUAGCUGACAUUAAACACAUUCAUGGUGUGGAUAAAGUGAAACUGAACAGACUUUACUGAUGGGAUGUGUGAUCAAAUUAAAUGUUUGGAUCAUUAAUAAAGGUUUGUCUUUCAAAAACAAA